GAGCGCUGCUCUGAUUGGUCGGAUCGUCAGAGGCACCGGAGCGGGCGGAACAGCACACUUCUGUGCUGCAACUUCAUGUUUACUAGCCUUCUGUCUCCCGUUUAACUACUAAUAUCACCGUUUAAUGUAGUGCCAUGGCUCCGUCUGAGGAACACCUCUAACAUCUUGUAUCAUGAAGUGUUAACUGACAUGUAAAUAGUGUUGUGACGGAGUGAGCUGCGUUAUCUUAGCUGAGGAAUCACAGCUAUUCAUCCUCUCAGCUAACUGCUAACAGGAGCUACAGCAGGAGAGACCAGCAUGAACUGCCCCCCCACUAAGCGCCUUCGAGGCCUGAACCAGGAUGUAGUGACGGCGGUGGCCUUUGACGACCCGUUUGGCGAUGACGAGGACUUCACGCAGGACGACUUAGAUGAGAUUGACGUCAUUGCCUCGCAGGCCAUCACCUCGGCUGCUGCACCUGGGCUUGGGUCUAAACCAAGAACCAAACCGAUGGAGUUGUCCUGCGGGUCCACCUGGCCGACGUCUACAGGGCAGAGCAAAUCUGUGAGCAGAGCCACAACCAGUCAGAGCAGAGAGAACACGUUUGGAUUCAGCAGCGGCAGCAGAGGGAAUGCUGGGAUACAGAGCAGAGAGCCUCUCGGUAACAGGCAGCAGCGGUUUGGGUCGGACAAAGAAGACUCCUACAGUCUGCUGGAGAAUCAGCAUGCAGAGCUAAAGAGGAAGCUGAAGGAGGUGGAGGAGGAGAUUGUGUUGAAGAGCGGGGAGAUCCGGGUCCUGAGGGACUCUCUGAAAGGAGCUCAGCAGGAGAAGGACACCCAGAGGCAGAAGCACAUCCAGCUGGAGACCCAGAAACAGAGAGAGCACAGCGACAGGGAGAAGGAGCUCAACAGGAAGGUUCAGUCUUUGCAGUCAGAGCUGCAGUUUAAAGAAGCAGAGAUCAAUGACAUGAAGACUAAACUGCGCAGUUCAGACAAAACCAAGACAGCCUCUCCACUACCUCGAAACAGUCCUAAAGUGCUGAGCUCUCUCGCCCAAUUGCAUCAUGGGAGCGGCAGCAGCUCCUCCUCUCCAAUAGGAAAUGGCUUCAUCACCAAGGAGACGUUUGGAGCCCACUUCCCAUCCAGAUCGACGCCGGUAAAGACACGGAGAGAUGCAGACAGAGGAGCGUCCAGCGGCAGAUCUGGUGACAAACAGGAAGUGUCUCGCCCAGACCCCUUCCUGUCCGUCAGACCUGCACACCUGCAACACCAAGGUGGCGUCCUACUGGGUUUGUUGCUGCAGCAGCCUUUGUCUCCCAGCAGCCUCGGCCUGUCUCACCUGCUGUCUAUGAGUCUGACUGACAUCCACCUCACAUCCAGCGGGUUGUCUGCAGGUAUUCUGCUCCACUCUGAUGCUGCCGCCAGUGGCCGUGGAGGCGGAGCACCCAGAGCUGCUUUGAGUCCGGUCCAGAGUCUGGCUGUAACUGGACUCAACAUGCUGAGUCAGAACCGACCAGCAGCUGCAGCCAGCAGCAGAAACAAAAGGUCGUGUCCUGGAGCUGUCCUCCUCCUCCCUCUGUUGGACCUUCACUUGUCUCGGCUCUGCCAGGCUCGGGACUCCCUCCGCUCCACCUCCGCUGGGAGCAGUGGUUCAAACUCUGCUGCUGCCAGCUCGCUCACAGCAGGCAGUGCUGCUGGACUGGAGGAGGCUGGUUUGACUGGUUUCAGCGUGGAGGACAUUGGUUUGGCUGCUCUGAGGCUCCUCUACCUGGUGCUGGCCCACAGCGACGAGGUGGUGGAGGCUGUGUUGUCGAAGGAGAGUCAGAGCAGAGUUACAGAAAUAAAGACUGAACACUCUGCUGCAGGUGUGGGUCUGUGCUCCCAGAAUGCCUUGCUGCAGUCAGUGUUGAGGCUGUGUGAAGCGGGGCUAGGCGGCGGCUCGCAGAAUGAGGAGGUUGUCCUCAAUGCCGUGAAGACUCUGCGUGUCCUCAUUGAGAGGACGCCACACACUCAUGCCGACAGGUUGCAGUGUGUGUUGCAGGUGGUGUGUGUGUGUUUGUCAGCAGACUGCAGGUUGCAGACAGUAUCAGGGAGUGUGUCAGUCCUAACGUCCAUGUCCGACCACCAGACACUGGCUCAGCAGCUCUGCUCUCAGCACGACCCGUGUAUUUUUCUGAAGUUGUUCCAGUUCAUCAGAACCAGACCGGACAACCAGGCAACACACACAGACUGGAUUCUGCUGGACCUGCAGGUGGUUCGUUUGCUGAGCAGACUGAUGACUCAGAGAGCAGAGAGCUGGACCGCCAGCCAGCACAGCACCUGUCAGUGUUACACUGAGUUGGUUCAGACAGUGGUGAUUGUUUUCCAUCGUCAGUGGUUGGAUCUUCGUGGUUCUCAGGAUCCGACGGACUCAACAGACUUGGCCCCGCCCUCGCAGAAGUGCCCGGGCCCCUCGUUGCCGUGGUGGCGCAGCUCGGCAGCGUCUCUGCUCAGAGAGUGUCUGCUGCUGCUGCACUGGCUGCUGCUGCAUCACGGCGGCUUCUCAGAGAGCUGCAGGCCGCUGCUGCACAUGUAUGACCAGGUGAUCCCCGCCGUACGAGACACGCUGAAGAAGAUCCCCGAGCUGAGCGAGAGCGAGGAGCUGGCGUUGGAGGAGAUCUGCCGCUCGGAGGGCGACGACACUGAUGACAUGGACACUGACACUGGCUCCUGAUUGGCUGCUGCCGCUGACUCCACCAGGGACCAGUGAGCAGACAUGAGGGACAGUUUACUGACAGUUGAUUGGAUAUUUCAGACUGAGACGAGGACAGAACAGAGUCUGAAGUGGAUGUUGGAGACAAAUGAAGGAUUGUCGAAAAGUCAGAUGUCUGACUGAAGUGACAGUCACAGGAUUUACUCUGCUGUCUGAUGCGUUUAAUAAUAAAACAUGAAUGUGAGACAAACUGCUGCGACUGCAGUUCUGUAUGUUGCUUCUUUCCUUCUUAAUGUCUGUACUGUUCUUUAACAGUUGGGCUGCUGUUACUUCUCUCUGUGGUUUAUUCCUUUAUUUAAUACA